AUGAACGCCGGUCACGAGAUACGCCUCGAGACGACCACUAUUCGAGCUCAAGACGACGCGACGAAGACCGUCGGAGCUCUCGCCGGGACAGUUCUCGACGGAGAUCAUCCCGCAGUCCAGUUGAAAGGACCAGCGCCCGAAGUGAUCGAGAUCGACCUCGCCGUGAGCGCAGAGAGCGCUCAACAAGCUCACAUGGUGAAGACCGCCACAGACACAGACACCGCAGCCACCGACACCGUGAUUCCCGCCGCGAAGAUGAAGGACGAUCAUCUCGAAGACAUCGCCGCAUUGGAACGACGAGGCCCCCUCCCCUCGCAAUCCGACGCAUUCACCGAUGUAGCGCAUCCAGGAGAGGCACCUGCGCCGGAAAAGCAAAAGCCGAACUUCAACCCCACGGGUAGACUCGCGGCAGAAACCAAUACAGUUCAAGUGGGCGGCGCGGAAAUAGUUUUGAAAUACCACGAACCUCCAGAGGCGCGCAAGCCGCCCCCCAAGGAACCCUGGCGCAUGUAUGUGUUCAAAGGGGCCGACUUGCUGGAAACUGUUGAAUUGGCUGAACGCAGUUGUUGGCUGAUCGGUCGAGAGCGAAUGGUGGUAGACUUCCCACUCGACCAUCCCAGCUGCUCGAAGCAGCAUGCAGUGCUACAAUUCCGAUUUGUCGAAAAGCGCAAUGAAUACGGUGAUCGCAUUGGCAAGGUCAAGCCCUAUCUGAUUGAUCUUGAGAGUGCAAAUGGAUCGAGCAUUAACGGGGAGACCAUUCCCGGUGGUCGCUACGUGGAAGUAAUGGACAAGGACGUGGUUCGCUUCGGCCUGAGUUCACGCGAAUACGUUCUCAUGCUGCCUCCCAGCUGA